GCUCGGCAAGUUUCUCAGGCAACUUAACUAGUUUUUCUUACCUCGUUGAGUGACAACUCUCUCUCUGUCGUGAUGUCCAUGAAAUACCUCGCUGCGUACGCCUUGGCUAAUCUCGCCAAGCCGACCCCGACCGCGGACGACGUCGCGGCCAUUUGCAAGGCCGUCAACAUCGACGUUGAGAAGGAGACCUUGGCCUUUUUCAUCGAAAGCAUCGACGGACGCGACGUCGCGACGUUGGUGGCGGAGGGCAUGGCCAAACGCGCGGCGUUGUGCACCGGGGCCUCCACCGGGGCGGCCUCUGGUUCCGCCGCGAUGGAGACAGGCGGUGCCGCUCCAGCCGCCGCGAAUUCUAAGGAAGAGAAGGAGGUUGAGGAGGAAGACGACGAAAUGGGCUUUGGUCUGUUUGAUUAAAGGUCAUGUGUCGGAGGCUGCAUAUGGUGGACAGGUCGGAGGGCAAAGGGUGAUGCUUCCUCAACACACAAACAGCCAUCCUCCUCUCCUUUAUCUUUCCUUUUCAUCACACUACCCUUUUUUAAAAUUGACGAUUCGAUUUUUUAAAAAAGGAGAAGGUAUGGAAAGAUUUCGCACUAAAUAGAAGGAACUUUACUGCCCGGGUGAAUUAUUAGUUUCUUGUUUCAAUAUAACUCCAAUCUCAUUUUAAUAUAUAAACAUUAUACCUAUAGAGAAGGAGGAAAACAAAAGGACCCCCUGACGGUUCAAAGUUUUA